UGAUGUUGACUAGGCCUUAAAUGAUUAAUUACUAUUUUUCGUCAUAAUAAAUAAUGAAGUGUGUUGUAAACAGUGGUGGGUCGGCCAUUUUCACGGUGUGACAUAGAACGUAGAUCAUCCUUAUGUCACCAGAGAUCUCACUGCGUUAACAGCCAAGUUUUGCAAUGGCGUCUGUCUAAAAAUUUCGAAACGUGACGAAAUUUUUUUUUGUUUCACUUUGUUUUCAUAUUCAUAACAAAAAAUCUUACUUAUUUUUUAGUUUUCAAUCAGUACACAACUUAUAUGAUAGUAAUUAAAAAUGGUAUAAAAAUAUAUUGUAAAUCACUCAAAUGUUAACGUGGUCCGCAUCCGGUCGCCGCUGUAAUAGCGCUGUCCCUUUUCCACUCACGCACUUAGACGGAGAGCAACUUUCCGUCGUGCUCCCUCGCGCGCAGUCAUUGGAAUAUCCGUUCAAUGGCUGGCGGACAAGAAAAAUGGUAUUUUUCAAAAGAUCAACUACAGAAUUCAGCAAGCAGAAAAUGCGGUUUAGAUGCAGAUAAGGAGCUAGCAUAUAGGCAGCAAGCCGCAAAUCUUAUCCAGGAUAUGGGCCAGAGGCUUCAAGUCUCACAACUAUGUAUCAACACGGCGAUAGUGUACAUGCACCGGUUCUACGCGUUCCACUCGUUCACGCAGUUCCACCGCAACGCAAUCGCUGCGGCCGCGCUCUUCCUCGCCGCAAAGGUGGAGGAGCAGCCUCGCAAGUUAGAGUAUGUGAUAAAAGUGGCCCAUGUGUGCGUGCACCGCGGCGAGGGGGUCAGCGCGCUCACCACCGACCAGUACCAGGAACAGGCGCAAGACCUCGUUUUCAACGAGAACGUGUUGCUACAGACGCUAGGGUUCGAUGUGGCCAUCGAUCACCCGCACACGCACGUGGUCCGCGCGUGCCACCUCGUCAAAGCGCCCAAGGACCUCGCGCAGACAUCAUAUUUCAUGGCGUCGAACAGCUUACACCUGACGACCAUGUGCCUGCAGUACCGGCCCACCGUGGUGGCCUGCUUCUGUAUACACCUGGCAUCCAAGUGGAGCAACUGGGCGAUACCCCAAUCUAACGAGGGCCGGCACUGGUUCUCGUACGUGGACCGGACGGUGACCUCGGACCUGCUGGAGCGGCUCACGGCCGAGUUCCUGCACAUCUUCGACAAGUGCCCGUCCCGGCUCAAGAGGAAGAUGAUGGAGAGGAACAGCAACAGCGGCAGCUCGCCACACUCGAGCGCGGCGCACGGCAGCGGCUCGGCCUCGCAGCAGCGGCCGUCGCUGCCCAAUGACGACUUUGACAAGUCGUUUGACAAAGAAUACGAGCGCGAGCGACGCCGCGCGCCCUUGGCCGGCGGGUACGUGCCCGCCGCGCCCGCCGCCCCGCCGCCCAACAAGAUCGACUACAACGCGUACCGCGAGAAGAGGGAGCGGGACGAGCGCGAGCGGGCGAGACAGCAGCAGCAGCCCGCCGCGGCGCGGCAGCCGGGAGGGAGCGGGACGAGCGCGAGCGGGCGAGACAGCAGCAGCAGCCCGCCGCGGCGCGGCAGCCGGGGUGAGUUGUCACGUGUGUACAGUAUACCCGCCCCCCCGCCCAACAAGAUCGACUACAACGCGUACCGCGAGAAGAGGGAGCGGGACGAGCGCGAGCGGGCGAGACAGCAGCAGCAGCCCGCCGCGGCGCGGCAGCCGGGAGGGAGCGGGACGAGCGCGAGCGGGCGAGACAGCAGCAGCAGCCCGCCGCGGCGCGGCAGCCGGGGUGAGUUGUCACGUGUGUACAGUAUACCCGCCCCCCCGCCCAACAAGAUCGACUACAACGCGUACCGCGAGAAGAGGGAGCGGGACGAGCGCGAGCGGGCGAGACAGCAGCAGCAGCCCGCCGCGGCGCGGCAGCCGGGAGGGAGCGGGACGAGCGCGAGCGGGCGAGACAGCAGCAGCAGCCCGCCGCGGCGCGGCAGCCGGGGUGAGUUGUCACGUGUGUACAGUAUACCCGCCCCCCCGCCCAACAAGAUCGACUACAACGCGUACCGCGAGAAGAGGGAGCGGGACGAGCGCGAGCGGGCGAGACAGCAGCAGCAGCCCGCCGCGGCGCGGCAGCCGGGAGGGAGCGGGACGAGCGCGAGCGGGCGAGACAGCAGCAGCAGCCCGCCGCGGCGCGGCAGCCGGGGUGAGUUGUCACGUGUGUACAGUAUACCCGCCCCCCCGCCCAACAAGAUCGACUACAACGCGUACCGCGAGAAGAGGGAGCGGGACGAGCGCGAGCGGGCGAGACAGCAGCAGCAGCCCGCCGCGGCGCGGCAGCCGGGAGGGAGCGGGACGAGCGCGAGCGGGCGAGACAGCAGCAGCAGCCCGCCGCGGCGCGGCAGCCGGGGUGAGUUGUCACGUGUGUACAGUAUACCCGCCCCCCCGCCCAACAAGAUCGACUACAACGCGUACCGCGAGAAGAGGGAGCGGGACGAGCGCGAGCGGGCGAGACAGCAGCAGCAGCCCGCCGCGGCGCGGCAGCCGGGAGGGAGCGGGACGAGCGCGAGCGGGCGAGACAGCAGCAGCAGCCCGCCGCGGCGCGGCAGCCGGGGUGAGUUGUCACGUGUGUACAGUAUACCCGCCCCCCCGCCCAACAAGAUCGACUACAACGCGUACCGCGAGAAGAGGGAGCGGGACGAGCGCGAGCGGGCGAGACAGCAGCAGCAGCCCGCCGCGGCGCGGCAGCCGGGAGGGAGCGGGACGAGCGCGAGCGGGCGAGACAGCAGCAGCAGCCCGCCGCGGCGCGGCAGCCGGGGUGAGUUGUCACGUGUGUACAGUAUACCCGCCCCCCCGCCCAACAAGAUCGACUACAACGCGUACCGCGAGAAGAGGGAGCGGGACGAGCGCGAGCGGGCGAGACAGCAGCAGCAGCCCGCCGCGGCGCGGCAGCCGGGAGGGAGCGGGACGAGCGCGAGCGGGCGAGACAGCAGCAGCAGCCCGCCGCGGCGCGGCAGCCGGGGUGAGUUGUCACGUGUGUACAGUAUACCCGCCCCCCCGCCCAACAAGAUCGACUACAACGCGUACCGCGAGAAGAGGGAGCGGGACGAGCGCGAGCGGGCGAGACAGCAGCAGCAGCCCGCCGCGGCGCGGCAGCCGGGAGGGAGCGGGACGAGCGCGAGCGGGCGAGACAGCAGCAGCAGCCCGCCGCGGCGCGGCAGCCGGGGUGAGUUGUCACGUGUGUACAGUAUACCCGCCCCCCCGCCCAACAAGAUCGACUACAACGCGUACCGCGAGAAGAGGGAGCGGGACGAGCGCGAGCGGGCGAGACAGCAGCAGCAGCCCGCCGCGGCGCGGCAGCCGGGAGGGAGCGGGACGAGCGCGAGCGGGCGAGACAGCAGCAGCAGCCCGCCGCGGCGCGGCAGCCGGGGUGAGUUGUCACGUGUGUACAGUAUACCCGCCCCCCCGCCCAACAAGAUCGACUACAACGCGUACCGCGAGAAGAGGGAGCGGGACGAGCGCGAGCGGGCGAGACAGCAGCAGCAGCCCGCCGCGGCGCGGCAGCCGGGAGGGAGCGGGACGAGCGCGAGCGGGCGAGACAGCAGCAGCAGCCCGCCGCGGCGCGGCAGCCGGGGUGAGUUGUCACGUGUGUACAGUAUACCCGCCCCCCCGCCCAACAAGAUCGACUACAACGCGUACCGCGAGAAGAGGGAGCGGGACGAGCGCGAGCGGGCGAGACAGCAGCAGCAGCCCGCCGCGGCGCGGCAGCCGGGAGGGAGCGGGACGAGCGCGAGCGGGCGAGACAGCAGCAGCAGCCCGCCGCGGCGCGGCAGCCGGGGUGAGUUGUCACGUGUGUACAGUAUACCCGCCCCCCCGCCCAACAAGAUCGACUACAACGCGUACCGCGAGAAGAGGGAGCUGGACGAGCGCGAGCGGGCGAGACAGCAGCAGCAGCCCGCCGCGGCGCGGCAGCCGGGUAUACCCGCCCCCCCGCCCAACAAGAUCGACUACAACGCGUACCGCGAGAAGAGGGAGCGGGACGAGCGCGAGCGGGCGAGACAGCAGCAGCAGCCGUCCGCGGCGCGGCAGCCGGGAGGGAGCGGGACGAGCGCGAGCGGGCGAGACAGCAGCAGCAGCCCGCCGCGGCGCGGCAGCCGGGGUGAGUUGUCACGUGUGUACAGUAUACCCGCCCCGCCGCCCAACAAGAUCGACUACAACGCGUACCGCGAGAAGAGGGAGCGGGACGAGCGCGAGCGGGCGAGACAGCAGCAGCAGCCGUCCGCGGCGCGGCAGCCGGGAGGGAGCGGGACGAGCGCGAGCGGGCGAGACAGCAGCAGCAGCCGUCCGCGGCGCGGCAGCCGGGGUGAGUUGUCACGUGUGUACAGUAUACCCGCCCCCCCGCCCAACAAGAUCGACUACAACGCGUACCGCGAGAAGAGGGAGCGGGACGAGCGCGAGCGGGCGAGACAGCAGCAGCAGCCGUCCGCGGCGCGGCAGCCGGGGCAGGCGCAGCCCCCGGGGCGGGCCGCGGCGCCGCACCACCGGCCGCACCACCACAAGCCGCCGCCCUGGCCGCACCACAAGCCGCCGCACAAGCCCGCGCCGCCCGCCUCCGCGCCUGCGUCUGCGCCCGCGCAGACCGUCCCACCCGCGCCCGCGCCGCACGCCGCCGCGCCGGCGCGCACGCGCCCCCCCUCGCUGUUCUCCCCCGACAACUCCACCGCGCCCGCGCAGGCCGCGCAGCGCCCCGCCGCGCGCGCGCCGCCGCCGCGCCGCCCCGAGCCGCGCCCCGCACCCCCUCCCGCCGCGCCCGCCUCCCCGCGCCGCGCCCUGCGCGACAUGCAGCCCCCCGCCAUCCUCUCCCCCUUCUCCUCGCCCCCCGCCCCCGCCCCCGCCCCCGCGCCCGCGCGCGACCAGCCGCCGCGCCCGAGGCAGCGCGCGCCCUCCAGCUCGGAGCCCGAGCUCGUCCCGGUCGUCAAGAAGCUCGACGAGACCCCCGGCUACGAGAACCUCAUCCGCGACUCCCAGCGCGGCGCGCCCAUCCGCGCGAAACCGCCGGAGCAGCGCCGCCCCGACCCCGCUCCGACGCGCUCGCUUAACGGCAUCGAGACCGACCCCACCCUGGUCUCGAAUCUACUUAAGGAGAGUCUCGCUAAGCCGGCGCCUAUAACCGUCGCGACCGAGCGCAAGUCGCCGGUGGUCGAGGUCAAACGAGAGCCCGUAGUGGAACCGAAGCGCGAGCCGGUCGAGCCGGUGGUGGAAGUGAAACGCGAGCCGGACCCGGCGCCGGUGGUCCCUCAGCCCGUCCAGCCGGCCGCCGAGGACGCGCCCGACCACAAACACAAGAAGGAAAAGAAGAAGAAGGAGAAACACAAACACAAAGACCGGGACAAGUCGAAAGAGGAGAGAAAGAAACAUAAAAAGGACAAGGAGCGGGAGAGAAAGGAGGGCCGGAAGGAGAGCCCGCCGCCGGCGCCGGCGGAGCCCGCGACGGACGGCGCGCUCCGGAUCACGAUACCCCGCGAGAAGCUCGCCAGCAGCCCCGGCCUCAAGAUCAAGAUCCCGAAGGAGCGGCUCGCGGCGCCGCCGCCGCCGCCGCAGGCCGCCGGCCUCAAGAUCAAGAUCUCGAAGGAAGUGCUGGAGACGUCCCGCAAGCGCGCCGGCCCCGAGCCGCCGGCCGCGCCGCCGCACAAGCUGGCGCGCCACAACGGAGCGCCGCACCCCAAGGUAGGCUGGCCUCUCCCUCCCCCCGCCGCCCCCCGCCUGCCCUACUACAUGGUGCGCCCGCCGCCCCCGCUCUACUACGGCAUGGGCAUGAGCAUGGGCGGCAUGGUACCCGUGGAGGGCUACUACUACGGGCCGCCGCUGGGCGUGUACCCCCCGCACCCCCCGGGGCCGCCCGCCCCCCCGGCGCCCCAGCCGCCCCUGCCCGCGAUGCCCCCGCCAGUUGUACCGCCCCCGCCACCGGAAUGAUUCAUGUCUACUAAUUAUACUGAAGCUUUUUGCUUGACAUAAUUUCAUUUCACAUAAUUGUAACGUAACAUACGUUUUAUAAUAACUUUGUAACAAUUAUCGAAUCCGUAGACUUUACAUCUGUACUUUUACGUAUUUCAAUGAAUGUAAAUAAACAAUAUUGUAUGGCAAAAUCUAUUCGCUAAUGCUAUUUACCGUAUACUUUUCAAAAGUUACUAUGAUUAGCUCAAUGAAGUUAUUAUAGUUAUAUCAUGAUAGUAAAAUUCAAGAAUGUUGUUUAUUUACUUUCUCUCCAGUACUUAAAAUUACACUUUAAUUUUAAAAAGUCUCCCAGAAAAUUCUUUAGAGCAAAUUACAGUUAUGUCAAAUAAAAUUAUGGCAAGCAGGAGGCCGAAAAUACAGCAUGUUUUUAGUACUCUACUUUCAAACUCUAAGUCUGGUAGAAUGUUGUACAAAUUUGAUAUAUUUAUAUAUAUUUACACUUUUCUAAUAAGGCUAAGUUAAACUGCCAAAUUAUAUCAUGUUACUUAUUGAUUAGUAGUUGUAGGUAUGUUUUAUAGACGUACAGUGGAAUUUUACAGAUCUCUUAACGAAAUACUAAUAGUAUAUUAUAGUAUGCAUUAUCUCAAAUGAUUUUUACGAUGAAGAUCCUAAGCUUUUAACAAAAACCAUUGUUUAUUUAAUGCGACCGGCUUAGCUCCCGUAUUAGGCACGUGCCCAAGCAACAAUGUCCUUUAAAAAGCAACUGUAUCAUGAUAGUAUUAAGGUUCAAAUCUAUUAAUAGGAGGGCUCGCCUUAGGUGGUCGAUCGUCCUACAUUACCAAAACAUGUUAACUCGUAUGAACUUACAUAGAUUUGAAACUUAAUACUAUCACGAUACAGUUGCUUUUUAAACGACAUUGUUGCUUUGCCGACCGCAUGUACACAAAAGAAACAAUGGCUUUUAUUCAAAUUAGGGUCUUAGGCGUAAAAAUCAUUUGAGAAAAUUCAUACUUUACAUACCUAGGGCAGUGAAGUAAGAAAUGUCUCAGAUCACAUGUAAUUGUCAGCCGAGGCGAAGCCGAGGCGAAGCCGAGGUCGAAAAACAUGUGACACAGACUUUCUUAUUUACUGGCUGAGGUGUGUAUAAUAUUUUUCUCCUCGACGGAGCCGGAAAGCGGCAACAUCGUUUAGCGCAGCGGAUCGAAAGUGGACGCUUUCCGGCCGGAGGGCAGAAAACUCUAUUUCAAAUCAAUUCUCACCACUGUUCGUUUAUAUAUUGUUGGACAAAAGGAAAGUAUGCUCUGUACAUUGCACAAAUAACAUCAAAAUACUCUUAACAUUUUAUAAUAUAGAACUUGUUAUACAUAAAAUGAAUGAUCUAUAAUUUUUAUAACACAAUAUUAUUAUACAAUAUUAUAACAAGGAUUGGGGACUUCACAUAUACCUAGCCAUUGGGCUAGCGUGGGGACUAUAGCCCAAGCCCUCUCGCGCAUGAGAGGAGGCCUGUGCCCAGCAGUGGGACAUAUAUAGGCUGAAUUAUUAUUAUUAUAACAAGAGUUGUUACAUUUUGAAGGAACUAUAUCUUGCACUAUUUACUCGCGCACUUUACAUAGUUGACUAAUGGUGAAACCAUCACUUAAUGUUUUAUUUUACAACAAUUUAUAGUUUAUCGAAAAUAAUACCUGCUAUUCUUGUACUUAUAUUUACUCUAUUCUGCUUUAUAUAUUGAAUAUAAAUAUUAAUGUGUAUCCUUAAUCUUAUCUACCUUAAUACUAUUUCACGUCUAUAUAAAUUGACGUAUAAUAUCUCUAGAGCUUUUACAAGUACACUAUAUAUUUAUCAUAUUUUAUAUGUGUGUUUAUCAUAUUUGUAUCCUUAAUCUUCAUCCAUUUUAAUACUAUAUCUUUCACGUCCAUAUAAAUUAACGUAUAUUUCUCUAGAGCUUUUACAAGUGUACUAUAUUAUUAUAUUUUUCAUAUUUUAUAUUCCAUUUUUAGAUAAUUACUCAAUGGUUGAAGUAUUGUAGGGAUCUCUGUGCAAUGUAUAUAACAUAGGUAGGUAGCGGCUACUAAAUACGUUAUUAGAUCACAAUAUAAUGUACGUAUACAUCUUUAUUUAUUAUAUCUAUCAAAUUUAUAGGAUAACAUCGAAUUUACUAAUAAAUAAAAAAGUUGUGGCUAAAUUUAGGUGAUCUUUAAAUUUGACUAGUAAGUAUAUAUUGUUAAAUUAUAAUCAGAACUAUAAAUGCAUUUUUGCAACAAAAAAAAACAAAUUAGAACAAUAUAAUUUAGGUAUAAAGAUAUAUUGUGAAAAAUCGAUAAUGUCACAAUAGAAGAUCUCCUUUGUUUUUUUAUUGAACUGGCUGAAAUUAUAAUUAACUUUUUUAUAAAUAAAAAAAUAUUUUCGCAUCAAUAUGUUUUCUCGUCAUAACAUUUUACAUUGUGCUUUAUUUGCUAAUUCCCAUAUAUUUAAAAAAAAACAAGGGCCUGUGGAAAUAAAUGACUUAUGCGAACCAAAGAUACAUUGAUUGAGUAAGACGCGUAAAAUCUAAGACAAUUUCGUGCUUCGAAUUUGGCAGAUUAAACGAGAUGGCGCUGUACAGUUCAGCUCAGUUUUUAGUUCUUAUGACAUCUGUCCAUUAGGACAAUUUUAGCUCAGUCUACUAGUCAAAUCAGUUACUUUUUUAAAGAAAGCUGUCAAAACGAUUUGCUAAUAUGGAAUUUAUAUGAAACAUUACAUCGUGACGUCACGGUCAACUCACCUACUUUUUUUUAUUUCUAUCCGAUUUAUUAAAUAGAAUUUGUGUUUAAAAAUAACUCAAUUAUCAGUUAUCAGUUAAGUUAGUAGUUUGGUAUCAGUUAUCAGUGUUUUUCUAAUAAUUAUCUGAUGCUUUAUUUCAUGCAUGGUGUAAAAUAAUUUAUUUUAAAUACAGUGACAGCAAAACAUCGCGCAGUACAGCGCUAUCUAUUUAGGAUUUCAAACAAAGGGUACGUCUUUUUCUUAGACUUUACCUCUCUAUUACAAUCAUUAUCUUUGUGCGAAAUAAUUAAACAUGUGAAGGCGAAAUAAUUUGCUCCUAGCUUGUUCAAUGAUAAAUUUCAAACCCUCCUUGCUAUUUUCUGUCAGUUUUUGCUUCUUUUUCUAACACAUAUGUAGGGUAUCUAGAUGUCGGCGGCCGAUCGUAAAAUCAGGCAGAUCGUAAUGUUCCUGUGUAUUGUUUCAGGAUAGUCACAUUAAACCAAUAUAUAGGUAAGAUAGGUUCGUUAGGUUGCUUCAGAUGCCUGAAGGGCAAACUGCCCGGAAAUAGGAGCACCGCGUAGCGGGGUUCCGUCGACUCAGGGAACGAGUCAAAGAUUUUCACGUUUCAGGAUAUGCCUAGGAAUUUCACGAUAUGCCUAAUCUUACGAUCGGCCGCCGGCAUACAUAUUCUUAUAUUUAAAAUAAAUUUUAGUACUUCGUAAGAAUAUUGGUGUUCGUCAUCAUAUAUUUAUAUGUGUCUAUUGCAUAUUAUAUAUACACGUGUUAUAACUUGUACGCAUAAUAUUUAUAUGUACACAUUUAUAUAACUGUUAUGAUAUUUUACCUUUCUUGUACAGUUUAAAAUAUUAUUUACCCUGCAUUUAAUCUUCACAAUACCUAUUAUGUACAAAUCAGUCCAAUUUGAACAUAUUAAGAACAAACUUUGAAAACUAGUUAAUGGAUCCCUUUGAAAUAAAGAUCUCCUCAAAAUAACUUUAUAAGAAUAUCGGUGAUUUCAGCCAGUCUCUCAUUUGGACAUUAAAUGUCAAAAUCUAAUUAGAUUAAAUAAAACUAUAGCAACUGAGGCAUAUAAUGUAUAGAUAGUAUAAAAAUGCAUAAUAUGGUAAUAAUUUGCAACAUUCCUUAAAGUUUAUGCUGCGCGUUUUAAAACGCAAACAUAAUAUACAGGACGCCUUUGGUAUUAAUGACCAAACUCUGAGAGUUGAAUAUGUUAUGUAGAUCAUAUUAAACAGCCGAUUCAGUGCAAUGUUUUUAACAUGUGACGCAUGACACGGGAGGAGUGUCAUCAAUCUCAUCAUAUUCUAUGGCGCAUGGCAUGGCUGCCGUGUCAUGAAAUGAUUGUUCCGCGCCACAGCGAAAAGUUUCCGAAAAUGGAACACGCAACGAAUCGGUUAAUAUGGAGCCAAUCCCGAGAUUGCGAAAAAAAAUCAGCGGUUCUAUAGAUUCACCGAAAUGUAUGGGACGGCAGAAUUUUUUUUUCGCUAUAUCGGCGUAGGCUUCAUACAGUACCGUUUUUACCAUAAGGGCACAUGGGGCCCGUGCCCAGGCCCCCAUCCUCAGGGGGCCCCGAAGGACAGUCAGUAACAGUAUAUUUGAAUACCCAUAAUAAAUAGAAGAUCAUAGUGGAAAAAUUAUAGAUUAAUUAUUUUUCUUUACUUUCCAAAAUGGCCCCAAAUUCUUAUGUGCCCAAGGGCCCCAACAUACACACAACACAAGUUGGUCAUACUGAAGAACCCCCUCCCCUCAGUCCCCUCAGAGCUUGGUCAGUGAUAACAAAAGCACCAUGUAUAUUUGAGAUAGUUUCUCAUUCCAAUUUAUAUACAUGCUGUAGAUCGUCUUAUAAUAUUAUAAUUAUAUUCAAUAUAUUAUAAAUAUAGAGUCAAAGCUAGUUUGCCUGCGCGUACAGCUUGUCUUAACCUGAACAUUACCAUAUCAGCUUUAAUUUAAAGUAAAAAGCGUAGUCUAUUUUAUAUAAAAAUAUAAACUUUAUUAAACUAGCUAAGUUAAAUUAAUUAAUGCUUGCUCAAGAACAUAAAAAUGUAUAAAAAACAGGGUCUAAAUGAAUAUAAAUGUUCCUGCUUUCGUGUGCUAUAAUAUAAAAUGUUAUACAAAAUGUUACUAGUGUUAAAAAUGCUAAAUGUCUCGUAAAAUAUUUACCUACUUGUUAAAAGAAAAAAAUAUAUAUACAUUUUUUUAAAUCUCAUUUGGUAUUCAUAGUUUAUUAAAUUGACAGUUGGUACACAUAUUAAUUAAUUCUUUUUUUUUAUUUGACUCGCACACUCAUUGUUAAUACUGAAGCAUUAAAUUGAAGGAUUAAAUAUUUAUAUUUGUUAUUUAAUUUAAUGUGGAUUGCCGAACUAAAAAUAUCAACGACAACCAAAAACAAUCUUAAAAACUUCUUAAAUUCUUAUUCUUUUCGUUAAUUUGUAUAAUAUAAAUAAUUUUUUGAUCUUUUUCUCAUCGCAAACUCGUAUUUUAUCAAUAACCUAUAAAAACCGCGAUAAAAAAUGUGUCAUGAUACUUGCUAGUUCAGCAUUUCACAAUAAAUUCUUCUUUAAAAUAUAUUCUUGACAGUUGGUGCCAUUCCUGUUACCAUUUUAUACUGUAGAAAUGUUAAAAUAUAGUUAUUUUUUGACGAUUUUUAAAAAGUACUUAAGUAGACGUCUAGAUAAUUUAGAACUAUUUUGUUUCAUUUUGUUAAAAUAAAAUAUAAUAGAUGUUUUUAGUGUCACUUGUAAAUAUUAGUUUUAAUGUUUGAUUGAGAUUAUCAUUACGAAUUUCAUUUAGUUUAUUUAAUAAUUUCAUUAGUAUUACAUAGUUAUUAUUUGUAUUUAGUUACUUUAUGUAGUUGAUUUAUUGAAAUUUGAUUUUUGUUAAAGAGUUUUAUUAAAACUUGGAAUUUUGA